GCGGUGGCAGCAGCCGGCAGCCCGCGGAGCCCCCCCAGCCCCCGGCGGGGAGACCCCCCCCCCGCGGCUCCCCGGGAGCAGUUUGCAAACGCCGCCCCUGCCGGCUGCGGGGCUGGCCCGGCCCGGCCCCCGGGAGCCGCCGGCGCGCAGCGGAGAGCGGGGCGCAGGGGGGGGGACCAUGCCCCAGCCGGACCCGGGGUCCCUGCCGGCCCGCGCUCCCUUCCCUGCAGAGAGGGGGCUGCCCAGGGGGGAUUAACCCUCCCCAGCCUUGCAGCGCCCGCUGGAGCCCCCCGGGGGUGCGAACCGAAGCCGCCUCCCCCAGCUCCGGGUCUCCCAGAGUCAAUAGGAUGAGGGGGGUCUGUUACUUUGUCAUGCUGAUCCUCGCAGAAGGCAUGACAGAAGCCGUGAGUUCGGGCAGAGAUUGCCUGCAGGCCGGGGAGUCCUGCACCAAUGAUCCCAGCUGCAGCUCCAAGUUCCGGACUCUCCGGCAAUGCAUCGCAGGCAACGGAGCCAACAAACUGGGGCCAGACGCCAAGAACCAGUGCCGGAGCACGGUGACGGCCCUGCUUUCCAGCCAGCUCUAUGGCUGCAAGUGCAAACGGGGCAUGAAGAAGGAGAAACAUUGCCUGAGUGUCUAUUGGAGCAUCCACCACACCCUGAUGGAAGGUAUGAAUGUGUUGGAGAGUUCUCCGUAUGAGCCAUUCGUCAGGGGCUUUGACUACGUCCGGCUGGCAUCCAUCACCGCAGGUUCCGAGAACGAGGUGACGCAGGUGAACCGCUGUCUGGAUGCUGCCAAGGCCUGCAACGUGGAUGAGAUGUGCCAGAGGCUGAGGACGGAGUACGUCUCCUUCUGCAUCCGGCGCCUGGCCCGGGCCGACGCCUGCAACCGCUCCAAGUGCCACAAGGCCCUGCGCAAGUUCUUUGACCGCGUGCCCCCUGAGUACACGCAUGAGCUGCUCUUCUGCCCCUGUGAUGACACAGCCUGCGCCGAGCGCCGCCGGCAGACCAUUGUCCCUGCCUGCUCCUACGAGUCCAAGGAGAAGCCCAACUGCCUGACCCCCCUGGAUUCCUGCCGGGAGAACUACGUCUGCAGGUCCCGAUAUGCAGAGUUUCAGUUUAACUGCCAGCCUUCCCUGCAGUCUGCAACUGGCUGCAGGAGGGAGAACUACGCUGCCUGUCUGCUGGCGUACACAGGAAUCAUAGGUAGUCCUAUCACGCCAAACUACAUCGACAACUCGACUGCCAGCAUCGCGCCUUGGUGCACCUGCAAUGCCAGUGGCAACCGCCAGGAGGAGUGCGAGAGCUUUCUGCACCUGUUCACUGACAACCUCUGUCUCCAAAACGCCAUCCUGGCCUUCAGCAAUGGGACAUACCUGAACGCGGCACUGGCCCCGUCCAUGCCCCCGACGACGCAGAUGUACAAGCAGGAGCGAAACACCAACAGGGCCGCCGCCACCCUCGGAGGGAACAUCUUUGAGCAGCUCCAGCCCACCAAGGGACCUGGCGAGGAGCCACUCCUAAAGGGCUCCACCCAACUGGCAUCCGAAACCUCCAGCUUGGCGUCAGCCUCUUGCGCUGCGGGGUGGCUGCUGAUGUGGGUUUCCAUGGCUCUCGCUGUGCCACUCCUGCUUGCGAUGUGAAAGGGAGCGAGCAUGCGGCAAGCGGUGACUCUGUGCACGUCUCGCCGGGGGGCGGGCGGGGCGUGUGUGGAAAUUGCCCCUCUCCCCCCAGCCAACAUAUUUUAUUUUGUAAAAUCGAAGACGUCUCACCAGCUUGCUCCUGGUCACCCUUCCCGCUCCUUGGCUCGCUUCUCGUCUGCAGCGCCCUGUAGCGUGUCCAUGGUGGUGCAGAGCCACAGACAGGUCCCUUCAUAGAGCCCCGCACAAGAAAUGAGAUUCAGAGGCCCCGAGCUCUCCUGAGACAGCCGAGCGAGGAAAGACUCCCGACAGAUGAGCUGUCUGGAAGGUUUCGUGAAACUCUGGCCUACAGGGACAUGGUGGGGUCUCGCGAUAGGCCAUGCAACUUUCUACACAGUGACCCGAGCUGCGGAAGGACCAACAGAACCCCAUCCCUGGCUCAGACUAAGGCUGUCAUCCACUUUGUCACAAGGCAUUGCCGUUGCCCGCCAAGGAGACACCAGGCAUCUCUGUGGGGUACAGCAGAGCCAGGGCCGUGCGAUCCCUGACCUAGCUGGUUUUUCGACAUACCUAACAGCAUCCUGUGUAGCUGGCGUGUAACUCCCAGCCGAACCCUGACCCUUUCCCCUCUCCUGUAGAAAAUCGUGUUCAUGCGUUAAUGGUGUUCAGGAAGAAACACGUGUGUCGCCUUCCAUUUUUUUUGCCGGCUUUGGCAAUUCAUGGUGGCAUCCCCUUCUGAGCCUGGAACAUUCUUAACUGGCCCUGUCAAGUCUUUGGGGUAGUUUUUGUCGCAUCCAAGUGUGCGGUGAGAGUAGGAUAUACUGUCCCACGCAACGCUAGUUUUUUAAAAAUCUCUUGGUACGUGUAAGCCUCCAGGCAAGGCUUGAUGUUCAUGUCACUUGACUCGUGCUCACCUGUGACAAGCAAGUUGUUUGGUCUUAAGGUUGUGUCUACACUGCAAUAGAGCACCCGCAGCUGGCCCAUGUCAGCAGGAUCAGGCCAUUGGUGUUAUACAAUUGCUGUGUAGAUGUCUGGGCUCUGGGACCCCAUGAGCCCUGGUGUCUACACUCCAAUUUUAUAGCCCUGAGUCAGCUGAUAUGGGCCAGCUGCGAGUGUUUUACUGCAGUGUAGACACCCAUAGUGACACAAAGGAUGUUCAGGGGUUUACUUGGUAUCUCUAGUCACAGAAAUGAAAGAUGGGCUGGAAAAGGUUCAGUAGAGACCUAGCAACCAACCAAUUCACCCAGACAAAUGGCCAUUUGGGGACACUCAAAAACCCAGCUGCCGUAUGAAAUGAUCCAGGCACUAAAUGCAUCAGGGCAUGGCCUGCUCUGGUUCACCUUGUUAAACAGUUAGCUAAUAAAGUUGCCCUCAUUAGGUUGGCUUAUGCUCUCAUUCUUCAGAUACUAAGUCAACCUCUAAAUAAUAGGAUCUGGGAAGAAGUGUUCUCUAUACGUGCUGCUUGCAGGAUUUAUUGCACCUUCCUCUGUUGGUGCAUUGGGGGCCAGCCACUGCCAGAGACAGACUGCUGGGCUAGAUGAACCAUGGGUCUGAGCCUGCAUGGUCACCCCUACCUUUCUGUGGAGAUAGAGCUUAUGAUCCUGAGGGUCAUGAGUGAGCCCCUAACUCAUCAGUGGCCGAGCUGAGGGGGCCUCUGUGCUGGAUCAGGCUCAUAGAAACGCUGGUGAAUUGCCCCCUCAUUAAAUACUCAGACUGGCUGCCCCACGGAGGAGCAUUUCUUGAGGGCCUCCAGCACUUUGGGCGGCUGGGUUCCAGAAGCAUAUUCCUUGGGUCACAUGUCUCCAGCGCCACCAGCAACCGUCUCCUGACGUGGGUUUGGCGGAAGGAUUUUGACAGGGCCCAGGAGUGGCAGGUGGGGAUCACGAGCACCACCCAAUGGAGCACUGCAAGCACAAAGCCCAGGAUAGGGGUUUGGCUGCAGUCCGUUGCCCUCCUCUCCCAGUUCCCUCAGAAGUUGAUUUCUUAGCUCGAUUGCUUAACUUUUAAAGAAAAAUUGCAACGGAAGAGAAACAUUCCCAGGCCCUUAGUCCAGCAUGAAAUAUGACCAGUUAAUACUUACUUUGGAGUGAUGCGCUGGAGUUCUGAGCCUAGUUUAACCAAAGUCCUGUUAUGUUUCCCCCACCAACAACACCCCUGAGGUGCAGUGACCAAAGCUGUUUGUCCGGGGUGCACCUUAACAUCUCAUUGGCCUGGUUUUACAGAGGCCUCAGCUUUUCUCAGAGAUCUUCAUAAAAUCAGGGCUUAUGGGCAGGGACACCAGGUGUAAAUGUGGAACAACAAAACUGGAAGCAGACAUGUCCUCCCGUUGGUGUCAUGCACCCAGCCAGGAAGAUGAGAGCUACAGAGAACAGCAGGCAGUGGCCACAGCUCAUGGUACAUUGUGUUUUUAGUGGGAUGGGGUUAGCAGGCACAACCCUAGUAUAUAUAGCUCCUGGGAGCAGCCCAAGCGUGCGCGAGCCUUCUAAUAGUGCGUGAAGUGACACGACUAACAGCUGUGCUAUGCAAAUCCUGACAGCAGCUGGCUCAGCAGAGGCAGGAUUUGAACGCUGACCCAAUGACAGCUCGACAAGGCUCGUCCCUGUGUACCAGGAAGCUACCUCAUAAGAGUCCUUUAUGUGCUACGCUCCUUAGCUUUAAAUAGGUGUGGACAUUUCCUGCCGUUCUGCCCGCAGUAUCCUGAGCUGCUGGCUGCCAUGCCAUCCUUCAUGUGCUGAGCCAUGUAAUCGGGCGACGUUACGGGUUAGACUGGGCAUUUACAUGACCGCCACCUAGGAACUUACCCCACUGGCCAGUUCACCUCUCUGGGGCUUUCGAAAGGCCUGGUUCCCAUUUCCUUAGCCAAUAUGUGUGUUCGAAGUGAGUAAGGGUUUUUCCCUGCAGCCAGCCGCAGCACUAAGAAACGUUAUUCCAGCCUUUCCCUAAUGUCGGUGUGGAGAAUUUUAGUCCUCGCAUGCUUGGCAGGGCAGAAUUAGCUCUAAGUAAGGGGCGGAGUGGCUCAGCUGGUAUAAAUUGGCUGAGGGAACUGGUGUCAGCUGUCUUGGGUACCCUGUCUUAAUGCCACACUUUUUUGAGCAGCAGAGGGGCCGGCUGGCCAGGCAGUGACCAUUCUCAGCCUCCAGAAGACCGCGCUCAAUGGGUCCUUCAAACCCAGGGCUUUAAAAGCAAGCUGUCACAUUUCACGCCUCAGACAUGGUGGUUAGUAUUCGGACAAAACAGCCCUAGUUCUUGUAAGCUGAAUGGUUAUUGUUUUCCCCACACCAUCCUUGCAAUUUAAAAAUGCAAAGCUUGUGGAUGCUAAGCAAUGGCCAGGUGGAGAAGAUGUUGUGGGGAGGGUUAACACAAGAAUUCAAGCCAAUGUCUCUCUCCCCCCCCACCAUAGCUCUUCCACCCCUUCACAAAACUGGUCUCUCGCUCGCUCACACACAAACCUCCAUAGCUCUCCCCCCCACCAUCCACAAAACCAGUCUUUCUCUCACACCUACACAAAAUUGGUCUCUCUCUCUCUUUCUCUCACACACACACAAAAAUCUCUUCCACCCCUUCACAAAAACCGGAUGAAAUUGUUAUA